AUGAUGGUGACUUCUUCACCUAAUGAAACUCUUGUGCAAAAGCACAUCAGUAUAGGUGUUAACGAAAUUGUUGUGGAAAAAAAGUCUGAAAAACAUUCAGAACGACGACAUUCUCCUCCAACUAACGUUAUUGAGCCACUAAUCAAUGAUAGUCCUUCUAAAGGAUCAAAUGGUCGAAGUUUCAUUACAUCUAUCCCGCAAUCUCCUACAAAACGAAGGCCAAUUAGCACUGGCGCCUUGGCUGAUGAACAAAAUGAUAAACCACCUCAGCGAUCUGCAACAACUGCAGGAAAACCCAAAAGGUCAUUGCCUAUCAUUUCUUCUGAAAAUGAUUCUCAAGAAGAAGCUUCUGGACGAAAUCGUAAAAGUGGUAUGAUUAAACGUCGUAACACUUAUAGCUCUGAAAUUCAGAGUGAGAGUGUGGACAUUGUGCUAGACAAGGAAACUCAAAAAUGGGCCGAGAAUGUCAAAAGAAGAUUGUCAAAAAGGAAAACUCGUGAAAAGGGCAAAGGUGACGAUGAAGAGGGUCCAAUGAUCGGAACAAGGAUAAGUGAAGGUCAUGUCAAUUAUGUUUUAAUGUACAACAUGCUGACAGGAAUAAGAGUGGGAGUCUCACGUUGUAAUGCCAAACUUGAGAGAGAGUUAACUGAUGCUGAUUUCAAAGCUGCUCAUAAAUUGGCUUUCGAUAUAACGGGUAACGAACUUACUCCAUCAGCCAAAUAUGAUUUCAAAUUCAAAGACUAUGCUCCUUGGGUUUUUCGUCGUCUCCGUGAAUUUUUUCAUAUUGAUGCUGCAGAUUAUUUGGUUUCUUUAACGAGCAAAUAUAUUUUGUCAGAGUUGAAUUCUCCUGGCAAAAGUGGAAGCUUUUUUUAUUAUUCUAGGGACUAUCGGUUCAUCAUUAAAACGAUACAUCAUACUGAACACAAAUUCUUACGUAAAAUUUUGAAGCAAUAUUAUGAGCAUGUGAAAGCUAACCCUGAUACUCUCCUAUCUCGUUUUUAUGGUCUUCACCGAGUAAAAUUACCACGUGGUCCGAAAAUUCAUUUCGUGGUGAUGAAUAACAUUUUCCCACCGCACCGAGACAUACAUGAAAUAUAUGACUUAAAGGGAUCAACCGUUGGACGUGAGACUAAAGUCACAAACAACCAUAAUCCACGUUCGGUACUCAAAGACCUUAACUGGAUAAAAAAUGGUCAGCAUUUAGAGUUAGGACCCACAAAACGAAUGAUUUUUGUUGAGCAACUUGAAAAGGACGUCAAUUUGCUUCAAAGAUUGAAUAUCAUGGAUUACAGUCUUCUGGUCGGACUGCAUGAUACUUCUCGUGGAAAUAGGGAUAAUAUUCGUGAAGAUUUCUUUGUAUUUCAGCCUGAUACUAAGAAAAUCGAACGUACACCCUCAAGCCAUAAACGAGAAAGUAAAGCAUCGAAAUUGCGUAAAGCUGUAGGUGAAGCUGAUCCGGUAAAAUUAGGUCCAUCGACCACCAAAUUAGUAUUGAAUAACGAACGAAGAAAUUGCAUAUUCUAUGCAGAUGAUGGUGGAUUUGCCGGUACCGAUGAACAAAACCGUAACUCGAAUUACAUUUAUUAUUUAGGUGUUAUUGACAUUUUGACUCCAUAUAAUACGGUCAAGAAGGUUGAGCACGCAUUUAAAUCCGUCAAUCACGAUAAG